UAUGAUCCUGAGUCAGAGGACGAUGGAGAGGUGGAGGAGGAACCGAUUCCUCAUCGUUUGACUAUGAACGUUUCGGAAUGGUGUUCAUGCGACAAUUGUGAAAGAAUGCCGCUGGAGGAGGAGAACGUUUGCUGCCGUGAGAUUCCCCAGGUAAUGACAAGACUGACCGAUACCAUCACCCCUGUUGCCUGCAUGAGCCAACACCCUGGACUGGAACCUGUGUGCCUAAAUAUAUAUGCACUGCAGAAAGCCCUCAAUGACUUCCGGACAGACCACGGAAGCCUGCGAGUGAGAGGCUACCAAAGACGAUGCCGGCAUCUGGCCUACAGAUGCUUCGUCAGUUGGUGCUGGGGCUGGCUGGGGAGAAAAGUCCGUGUUGUCAUCCCGGCAUGUGUCGUUCGGCGCAUCAGACAGGAGUUUCCGGACACGGAGGGCCAGUAUGUAGGCUUCAGGGCUGCCCUUGAUUGA